AUGGAUGUCAAGGAUCUUCCGCGGACAACAAGUUUUAAUGAUCAUAGAGGAGAAAGGAACUCAUGCUCAAAGAAAAAUUCUUUAAAACAAAAUGGGGGUCUAUUAUUGCAACAACAAUUAUCUUCGGGUGAUGAAGGUAAUGUUGAGAAAAAGAAGUUGUUUACUUCAAAGGAAUUGGAAAAGGCCAUUGACCAUUUUAAUGAUAAUCGAAUCCUUGGUCAAGGAGGGCAAGGUACUAUAUACAAAGGAAUGCUGGCUAAUGGUAGAAUUGUAGCAGUUAAAAAGUCCAAGAUAGUGGAUGAAGGCAAUCUUGAACACUUUAUUAAUGAGGUUGUUAUUUUAUCACAAAUUAACCAUAGGAAUGUGGUUAAGCUGCAUGGGUGUUGUUUAGAGGUAGAAGUUCCCUUGCUGAUUUAUGAAUACAUCCCCAAUGGAACCCUUUACCAGUAUAUCCAUGACCAAAAUGAAGAGUUUCCACUUACCUGGGAUAUUCGUGUUCGGAUUGCCAAUGAAGUUUUAGGAGCUCUUGCCUAUCUGCAUUCAGUAGCUUCUAUACACAUUUAUCAUCGAGACAUCAAAUCCACAAACAUUUUGCUGGACGAGAAAUUCAAAGCAAAAGUGUCAGAUUUUGGAACUUCAAAAAUAGUUGCCAUUGAUCAAACUCAUAUGACCACACGAGUACAGGGGACCUUUGGAUACUUGGACCCAGAGUACUUCCAAUCAAGCUAGUUUACAGAAAAAAAAAAAAAAAAAAAAAAAGGUGAUGUCUAUAGCUUUGGAGUAGUUCUUGCUGAGCUUUUAACUGGACAAAAACCAAUCUCAUCAGCCAGAUCAGAAGAACGGCGAAGUUUGUCAACAUAUUUCAUAUUGGCGAUGAAGGAGAACCGUUUAUUUGACAUUCUUGAUGCUCGAGUUUCCAAAGAGGGUGGGAAAGAAGAGAUCAUCAGGGUCGCUAAUCUUGCAAGAAGAUGCUUGAACUUAAGUGGGAGAAAAAUGCCUACAAUGAAAGAAGUUGCAAUUAAAUGGGAAGGGAUUAGAAUGCCACAAGGGAUAUCUAUUAUUCAACAAAAUUAUGAAAAUGAUGAAUAUACAGUAAUUGAACUCAUAGUGCCUUGGGAUGUCGCUUCAACUUCGACAGGAUCGCAUUUCGAUAGUAGUGUAACAUCGUCACUCUAG